GUGAUGGACAGAUGGUGUUUUUCUGCGCAGCUUCAGUUUCUUUGAUCUCCUUUCAGUUUAAGAGAAAGUUAAAACACCGGGAAAAGAAAACAAACGGAACUUUUAUUUUAUUUUAUUUUAUUUUCUGAAGCACCCCCAACCCCUGUUGUUACUACUCCCCCUCCCUCCCCCCUCUCUCACAGAUAAUCCCAUCAUCCCACCGCUGAGAUGUCGACUCCAGACGCAGCCGGUGCACCAGGAGCCCCCGGGGCCCCGGAGGGUGAAGGGGGCCCUCGAGCUCCGCCCCCUAACCUGACGAGCAACAGACGUCUUCAGCAGACGCAGGCGCAGGUGGACGAGGUGGUGGACAUCAUGCGCGUGAACGUGGACAAAGUCCUGGAGCGGGACCAGAAGCUGUCAGAGCUGGACGAUCGGGCCGACGCCCUGCAGGCCGGAGCUUCGCAGUUCGAGAGCAGUGCCGCCAAACUCAAGAACAAGUACUGGUGGAAAAACUGCAAGAUGAUGAUCAUGAUGGGAAUUAUCGGCGUUAUUUUUGUUGGUGUCAUUUUCUUGUAUUUCUUCUAUUGAGCUGCUCUUCACAGGACGAGUGAAAAAGCAACCCCGCAGGGCAGAAUCCAGCCAUCCUCAGCGCUCUUCAUCCUCCUCUUCCUCAGAGACGCAUAGCCCCGCCCUCCCCUCUGCACCAGUCAGGUUUACUGGGUUUAUUGGUGUCACUGGGAGGAGGGACUUUCGCGUUUAUAGAAACUCGUUUUAAUCUUGAUUUGUGCUUCAUGUUGUUUCCAGUAAAGAACGACACAAACUGUUCUGUGUCUGUUAUUAUUGACUCUGACGCCCUAAUCUGAAUCUCAGCAUGCCGCUGAGUGUUUAUUGGAAAAUUUCCCUUUUUUAAUUUAACUUUUGCACCAAAAAGAGGAGCAGGAAGCAUUUCCUCCUUGAAAUUCUGCAGGAAAACCGUGACGUUGUGUUUUAUUGGAGGAUCAUGAACUCAUUUCACCUCUGUGCUCUCCUCCCAGGCUUGUUCUGUGUUCAUCUGUCGAAGCUGCUAAAAUAAAAUUCAAUACAAUUAGAAACA